UUUAGAUCCGCCCGCUACAUUACACAACCCCAAAAUCAUGUGAUCACAGGCUGUAAACAUGGAGGAAAACAACGCUUUACACUCGUCCAAGAUGUUGAGUUGCCCAGUUUGUGCAGCACUGCAUAUACCACAAGAGGGAAACUUGAAGAAUGGCGUUUUCACUGGCACAUGCCAAUCCUGUGGCCAUUUCUUUAAGUUCAGAUGUAACAGCAGCACAAAAUCCAGUAUAACUAUUACUGUCAAUGGAAAACUAUACAAUGUGGGCAGUGAGUAUGCAGGCUCCAGUUCACUCAACACAUUUUUGCGAGACUCAAGAAUCUCCAUGGGAACAAAGUACAUGUGUAAGGAGGGUGGUUGUGGAACUUGUCUCGUGCAGGCGCAACUGUACGAACCUAUAACAAUGGAGAGGAAGAGCUAUGCUGUCAACUCUUGCCUUGUGCCUUUGUUUUCUUGUGAUGGGUGGGAGAUCACCACCAUUGAGGGCAUUGACUCCACCAGUGACAAGGCCAUUCCUAAACGCCUCGCUCAGUACAACGGCAGUCAGUGUGGCUUCUGUAGUCCUGGACAGGUCAUGAAUAUGCAUGCACUUCUUGAUUUCCAUGGAGGGGGAGUAACUAAGCAGAUGAUGGAAGAUGCCACGGAUGCCGUGAUCUGUCGGUGUACUGGUUUUAGAUCAAUUUUGGAUACCAUGAAGUCAUAUGCAGAAGAAAAUAACCAACAUGUACCUGAUAUUGAGGAUAUCCGCACUAAACGCUGCGAUAGGACUGGUCAAAUCUGCACUGGAAGUUGUCACAGGCAGAGUUCACUACUCGCCCUGAAGGAUGCUCAGUGGUUCAGGCCGACUACGGUGGACGAUCUGAUCAAAACGAUCCAAGACAACAAGGGAAAGAACUACAAAAUGGUGUUUGGAAAUACUGGAUAUGGAGUUUACAAAGAACUAGAUCCUUUGAACUACAGCAUACUGAUUGACCUGCGAGGGGUGACAGAGUUGUAUGGAAUAGAUUUUGACUCGUCCAUUGUUCUGGGCUCCAACUUGUCGCUGACUCAGUUGUAUGACGUGCUGUACAGAGGCGCUGGUGAACCACAGUAUGGACACUUCAAGGAGAUGUGCAAGAUUAUCUCCGACGUGGCCACUACAUCCGUCAGAAAUCUUGCUUCCUGGGCGGGGAACCUGAUGUUGAAGCACAAACACCCAGAGUUUCAGUCCGACAUCUACACAAUGCUUGAAACCGUGGGAGCUCAGCUGGAGAUUGCUGUGAAUGGAGAAUCAAAGGUUAUUCCAAUUUCCCAGUUCUUGAGUCUGGACAUGACAGACAACAUCAUCAUAGCCAUGAUACUGAACUCGAUUCCGGACAGCCAUCAUGUCAGGAUCUACAAAGUCAACAAACGCAACCAGAGUGCUCAUUCAGAUGUGAAUGCUGGAUUGAAUUUCAACAUUGAUGUAGACCAGAAUUUUCUGGUUAAAAGCAAGCCAACCAUUGUGUUUGGUGGAAUCAGCAAAACAUUUGUACACGCAACAAAGACAGAAGAAUAUUUGACAGGGAAAGCACUUGAUCAAAAUACACUGAAAGGUGCCCUGUCUGUUUUGACCCAGGAAGUGGUUCCAGAUGACAGUGGCCCAGUUUUGACCUCUGCAAUCUUCAGGAAGAAUGUUGCUUUGGGACUGUUUUAUAGGUUUGUGUUGGACGUUCUUGGAAAUAAAGCAGGCUCAGUCUUCAGAAGUGGAUCCGUUCCCCUUACCAGGCCUCUCUCCUCUGGAAAACAGACUUACGACACCAUCCCCAUUGAAUGGCCCCUCACUCAGCCAAUGACCAAAGUCGAAGCCAUAAAUCAGGCCUCAGGAAGGGCAGUUUACAUCAAUGACAUCGCUGGACAGCCAGGGGAAUGCUAUGCUGAGUUUGUUCUCAGUACAGAGGCCAAUGCUAAGAUACAGAGUAUAGACCCAUCAGAGGCCUUGAAAAUGCCUGGAGUCCUGAAGUUUAUCGCAGCCAAAGAUAUCCCAGGAGUCAACAAUGUUGCUCCUGCUCCUGCUCCUGCCGAACAGGUCCUGGCCGUCGACAAAGUGGAGUACUUUAGUCAACCAAUAGGAAUCAUUGUUGCAGAAAAUUCAACUGCUGCCAAUGCUGCAGUAAGCAAGGUCAAGGUCACUUACACCGACCAACAACCACCCAUCCUGACCAUGGAGGACGCCAUCCAAAAGAAAUCAAUCUUCCCAAAAGUGGCAGAUGAACUCAAAGUGGGAGAUGCAGAAGGUGCUAUCGCUAAAUCUGCUGUCAAAGUGUCUGGCAGAAUCCAAUGUGGAAAUCAGUAUCACAUGGCAAUGGAAACCCAGAUCACCAUUUGUAACCCCACAGAGGAUGGUUUUGAGGUGUUUUCCUCCACACAGUGGGUGGACCGAUGCCAGAAGUCCAUCGCUAUGGUGCUGGGGAUACCAGACAGUUGUAUCAGCCUGAGUGUUCGCAGACUGGGAGGGGCUUAUGGAAGCAAGAUUUCCCGUAAUUUUGUGGUAGCUGCAGGAUGUGCUCUUGCCUCCAAUGCUGUCAAAAGACCAGUGCGCCUUUCGUUGGACUUCCAUGUUAACAUGAAGAUGGUGGGCAAAAGGUUUCCAUGGAUGGCAGAUUACACAGUCGGGCUAUCCUCAGAUGGACUGUUAGAGGGCAUUAAGAUUACCUAUUACACAGAUUGUGGUAUCAACCCUACAGAAAACUCACUAGCAGGGGUGUCCAUUGGGAUGGAUAAUGCAUACUUUUGUCCGAAUUGGCAUGUGAUACCUAUUGCUCUGAAGACUAACAAAGCAAUGAACACUGCCUGCAGAUCACCAGGGUCUUGUCCAACAAUAUUUAUAAUGGAAUCUAUCAUGGAGCACUGUGCUAAGAUUCUUGGCAAGGAUCCCACCGACUUCAAAGUACAGAAUCUGUAUAAGAAGGGCCAGCUUACUCCUGUGAAAAUGCCUCUGACGUACUGCAACAUCAGAGAACUGACCAGCCAGUUGAUACAGUCUACAGACUAUGAAAACCGUAAACAAAUGGUCGCCAGUUUUAAUCAGGCUAAUCGCUGGAAAAAGAAGGGUCUGUCAGUUGUUCCCAUGAAAUUUGGAAUAGGAUGGACAGGCGGUAACUACACAGCUCUGGUAGCUAUCCAUGGAUUUGAUGGCAGUGUGUCGAUAUCUCACGGAGGGAUUGAGUCUGGGCAGGGCAUCAAUACAAAGGUGAUACAGGUAUGUGCUUCAACGCUAGGGAUUCCCAUGGACGUCAUCAAGGUCAAACCCACCGACUCACUGAGCACGGCCAAUAGUACAACCACAGGGGGCAGCAUCACCAGCGAGCUCUGUAGCAAUGCAGUGCUGCAGUGUUGCCAAGCUUUAAACAAAAGAAUAGCCCCAGUGAAACAGAAGAUGCCUGGCAAACCAUGGAAAGAUAUCAUUUUUCAGUGCUUCAAUGAAAACAUUGAUUUGUCAGAGAGAUAUUGGGAAGCCCCCAACACUCAAUACACUUUUGCAUAUAACUCUUAUGGUGUGACCUUGACCGAGGUCACCCUUGACCUACUUACCGGACAGCAUUGCAUUGAUAGAGUCGACAUGUUGUUUGAUUGUGGAGAAAGUAUGAAUCCAGAAAUAGACAUUGGUCAGUGCGAGGGAGCCUUUGUUAUGGGCCUGGGAUACUUCCUGCAUGAAGAAAUCAAAUACGAUCAGAACACAGGAGAACAGCUCACUGAUGGCACAUGGGAGUACAAAGUUCCACUGGCAAAAGACAUUCCUGUUGAUUUUAGGAUCAACUUGCUGAAGAAUGCACCAAAUCCAGUAGGCAUUCUGAGGGCAAAAGCCUGUGGUGAGCCCCCUUUAUGUAUGAGUUGUUCCGCUCUGUUUGCCAUUAAACAUGCAAUUGAGGCCUUCAGAAAGGAUACUGGAAAAGAUACAUACUUUGCUCUGGAUGCACCAGCUACGGUGGAGAGAGUUCAGCUAGCCUGUGCAAGUGACACUGCCCAGUUUGUCAUUGAAUAGAAACACAAACUGUCAUUCCACUGAACUUUCAUUUUUUCUCUUACCAAUAUUUACCUAGAUGUGCCAAAUGAUAAAUGAUUAAAAAAAUUCCAAGAUAUAUUGCCAUGAUUUUCUCAAAAUCUUUUAAAACUGAAAUUUUUUUGAAAUGUUGUGAUUCCAGGAUGGGUGGGGGUGGGGGUAUAAUUAGUGUGCAUUGUAUCUCUGUUGGAUGCCAAGAAAUUAACUAUUUACAGUACUUGCUUUUGUUAUAGAGCUCCUCUUAAGAUUGAUAAAUGAAAUUUUCCUCAAAAAAUCUAACAAGUAAUUUGUUUUGCUGUCAUAUUCUAGUCGAAAUGAAAGCAUCUUGAUGUGAUAGAAAUGACAAUAUUUUUGGUUCUUCAACGUACUACAAUUAUCAUAACUUUUGUGUCUAUUGUAAAUCAAUUCCAGAAAAUCAAUUUUUUGAUUGCAAAUAAUCACUGAAGAUUCGUGUCAUAAGAAUUCAUUAUUGCAGGAUAGCUAGGGAGGUCAUUCAUAUGAUUUACAUACACACUGUAUAUUCCUUACAAGGCAAGAAAAUUGACCGUAAUUAAUAAAUAUAUUGUUGAGGUCAUCUUUAUGGUGAUUUAUAUAAAAAAAAAAUUGAGUAACAUUUUGUGUCUGCUUUGCCCGAUUCUCCUUAUAUUCCAGACUUGCCAUCUGACUGUGGUACUUAUUUAGUUUGCUGUGUAUUAGCUAUGAUAUGCCAAAUGCUGAAUUAGUAAAUUAUAUUUUUUCAUGUGAUUAAGAUAAAGAUUAUUACUCCUAAAAAGCAACUGUUGUUGAGUUAAUCGACAUAUUACUGUAUAUUUGGAAAACAUUUUGUUGCUUUCAAUUUCUCUCUUUUUCAUAAUAGUUACUUUUCGGGAUUAAUUUUGGGAUUAAUUAAACUUUCCAGAUAAUACCUGUACAUCUAACUGUGUGAAAGUUUGUUACUUUGUCAGUUUUACUUCCUGAAAUUAAAGUAGUUUCCAUGUGUUAGGGACAUUUGUUAAUUGUAUGUUGUUUUUAUAAACUGGUUGUAAAGUAUAUUACACAUGUAAUAAUUUAAUAUGUAUUCAGCUGUGAUAAAAAGGAAUAUUUUGUGAGUGAUUUUGUCCUAAAAUUUAAUGUUUAAUAGAAU